UAACUCCUCCCCUUGGAAACCCCGCCCCUGUGUUUCUACGGAAACAGUAAACAUCCCUGGUGCGCGCGGUACUGUACGGACUUGUGUCUAGAAGACCACCUACUAUCUGAAGUAAUCUGGCUCGAUGCUUGGCUGAGCAGUGCGGCUCUGGUUCCUGAAACUUCCAGGAUUCAGCUCAUCUUCUGACCAGUUUAAGAAGCCUUCAGCCUUCCCAGUAUGUCUCGGAAGUACGAAAAUUUGCAAGUACCGAUGGGCACUGGAUUUUGGACCAGCACUAAGCCACCUCCGUACAGCAAAGAGACUCAAGAUCUGAUUAAAGUGAUGAUGCAAGAAUCUAAGCUGACAAACUUCCAGCAGCGUCAGAUCAGGGAACAAGUGCAAAGUGGUGGUGCACUCCCAAUCCAGUGUCACCCCAGUGCCAGCAAUACGCAAGCUAAUCCUCCAGUGCCUGCAUCUCGUCCAGCAAAAGCCUCCAUUAUAAAUACAAGACCAAGCUUACGUCCUGCAGAGAGGUGCCGAGCUGGUGACGCUUACAUGAGAGAAAAGUUUCAACCUCGAGCAACUAGAGACCUCAACAAAGAGAAAAGCCGACUACAAAACCUUAUGGCUACAGGGAAAGAGUUGCCAGACGUUCCUCGAGUACCACCACUGCAGACAGGGGAUGAUAACAAGGAAGAGAGGGACAGAUUUGAUGAUUUGGUUGCAGAAAUCCAAGAGAGAUGGGAUUUCCUACAAGAGAUGGAAGCUCUGGGUCGAGGAAAGCAGUACCACACUAUUAUCAAUACAGAGAUUUCACAGAAAGUGAGAGAGAUGGAAAUAAUUGACAAGCAGAGAAGCUCAGAACUAAGGGAAGCGAAGUCAGAAAAUAAGAUGCUUACAGUCUAAGGCUAUAUGCACACGAACGUUGUUUGUUUCCGUGUCCGUUCUGUUUUUUUUGCGUGUCCGCAUCAGUAUGUCCGUUCCGUAGCCCC